AUGCAAACAACAACAGCAACAAAAGUCAGCAACAAAAUCUUGCACAACAUCUCUACAAACUCAACAAAGAGACAAAAUAAUUCGUUGAAUUAUGAAAAAGAUGAACAAUACUUGGACGACCAACCAAUAGGAAUGCAGACAACUACACAGACGUUGACGACGUCAUCACCCACUUGGUUAGAUAAUUUAACAAACAUGGCAAAAGAUCCGAUGAUUCAACUCUUCGGCAUCGUCUUCAUCUUAUUCUUUCUAACGGCCAUCCUAGCGACGGUGAACUUCUGCAUCUGGUACUUCGAGAAGCGGCGCCGUCGUGGGCCAGUGCACUGGAGAGCUUCCCCCGGCGUCGACAUCAUCUCAACCACCUCUCGACCGCCGGGACAAACGCCGAAACGAUCCUUCCACAUCCAACAUGCACUCUACAAAACUGUCCGCAGACCAUCCGCCAUGCCACCAUAG